AUGGAUAUAACUAUUCUCACAUCUAUUAUGUCCGGAGGAAUUGGUGUUUUGGUCGGUUGGUGUGUGUUCCGCAGGUUCGGUGGCAAACGGGCUAAUUUAACGUCAAAAGUGACUCGUUUCGAGCCUGUACAUGGCAAAAUGAAGAUGGUAAUAAUAGUUCGGUCCGAUCUCAAAAUGGGUUGUGGAAAAAUCGCUGCUCAGUGUUCACAUGCUGCCAUUUCGUGUUAUGAGGAAAUUACCGAAACAAAUCCGGGGAUUUUGGAAGCAUGGGAGGCGCAAGGACAGCCGAAAAUCGUACUUCGAGUUGAAAACUACGAGGAAAUGCUAAAACUAUCCAAUAAAGCUGAAUCUUUGGGUCUAGUAAAUUCAAUAAUACAUGACGCCGGUCACACACAGGUGCCUGAAGGUACUGCCACUGUUCUCGGAAUAGGACCAGCAUUAGCUUCUGAUAUCGACUCUGUUUCCGGUGGUUUAAAAUUGCUGCCUUAA